UAUAAAGUAACAGCCUUUAAAAUGGACUUACAAUACGACGGACAAUAUCAAAUGAUCGAGUUUAACAGUUUUUUCGUUGUAAGAAAUAACAUUGAUGACUUUAAGCUUGUCCCAGGUGUCACGGAGAAGAUGUAUCAACCCCAGGUAAAAAUAUAA